GAAAAGAGAAUUGAAGAGAAAGAAGGAGAUAUUGACUCACGCGAAUUGAGAAGGAUCAAAGGACUACUAUCCUUUAAUAGUGCAGAAGUUCUCCCCGCAACUAUUCCAAAAUUCAACCCGAGCCUACCACUGCCAUCUUCAUCAACAUGGGUUCUACCGCAACAGAGGACGUGGUCCCUGAAAACAAAACACCGUCACCAACCUCCGUGACGAAACUCUACAGACAUGACUGCGAGUACAAUUGUUGUGCUUCUCGUUGGUCCGAAUUCCCCUCCACCGAUGACGAUCAUGUAGCUCUGGACAAGAAGAUCGCUAAGAUUUCGAUCGUGCAUCGUCAUGUCUUCGAAGAGAAACGAUGGGUCACCAAGUCUUUCACGAUCAACAGUCUUCUCAUGCGACAAAUUCUCGUGAAGGCCCUCAGCAAGUACCAAGACCUUGAUAUGGACUUGGAAGAGUGGACUUUUCAACCCCCAUAUGCACCUCUCGUACAUCGCUGGGAACAACUCGCUACUCUUCGAGCUGAGAUGAAAGAUGGACCCGAAAAAAAUGCGGCGGAUGAGUUGAUCAACUUCCUAACUCCCAUCACUGCGUCGGCUGUGGACCACCUUGCCAAGACUCGAGAGACCAAGAAGGUCACUUUUGAGUAUAUUUGGCAGAUCUUGCCUCCUGGUGAGCUGGCAGUGACGAAGCUCUAUGGCGUGGAUACUGUGUGCCGGGUUGUCAAGUAUGAGAAGACAGAGAUUCAGAGAAUCCCAGUCUGGAUCAUUCAUCUCGAGUAUGUUGAUUGGAAUGGACAGAAUUGUGGAUAUGCCGCCACCAAGACGGUCAUAUCAGCCUUCAGUGGUUACCGUCGUGUGACGGGCCUCCCGGUGUAUCCCCUCUCAUUCGAGGAAGAUGUCACGGAGAUCCGUGAGAAGAUGAUAAAGAGGGGACGUCAAUUUGAGAAGUAUCGAGGCUACCACUUCCUGACAUGCAACGGGAAGAGAGUCUUGAUAGAGACUUCCGAGGAGAGAACGGUCACGGGAAGAGUCAUUGUCGAUGCGUUUGCAUACUAUUCGAGUCAUAGCAUUCCCAAGCCUUCCCUUCGUUCACUCGUUGACGAAGAAGAACCCAUCCGGACUCCCAAGCCUCAAAAGGACUGGGAUACCACGGACAUUCCCAACAGUGAUUCGGAUUCGGAGGUCAUGGUUGAGGGCAAUGAGUUGCAGGUAGUGGUGACGAAGGAUACCAACAUCUCUCGUAAUGAGAAUUUUACUGCCAUGACUGAUGAACAUUGCCUACUUGCAACUCCGUGGGUGAAGGGCAUGGACCUCAAAACAAAAGAAUGGAGUCAAUUUCUCGUUGAUGAGCUUGAGGAGAUUGUCUGGAAUGAGAAGGCAUUUGAUAAUCUGGUCCUUCCUGAAGGCGAAAAGGAGCUCGUUUGGGACUUUGUUGAGAGUAAGAAUAUGUCCAACUAUGCUUACGACGACUUCAUCCCAGAGAAAGGUCGAGGUAUUAUUGUUCUCAUGUUCGGACCUCCUGGUGUUGGAAAGACCUAUACUGCCGAAGCAGCUGCCGAGAAAUCUCGAGUCCCACUCUAUUGCGUCAGUGCUGGUGUUCUUGGGACUCUACCCAGCGACGUGGAGAAGACCCUUGAUGAUACUCUUGAGCUGUGCCGCCUCUGGAACGCUAUGCUUUUGCUUGACGAAGCAGAUGUCUUCCUCGGGGCUCGUACGAAUGAAGGCCUUGCGAGAAACGAACUCGUCUCCAUCUUCCUUACCAAGCUCGAAUACUAUCAGGGCAUGCUUUUCCUCACUACUAACCGCAUCGCAUCCAUCGACCGCGCUUUCCAAUCUAGAGUCGACCUCUUCCUCCCCUAUCACGACCUUCUGCCACCGGCUCGUCGCCAGGUUUGGAUUAACUUCUUUAAUCACAUCGGCACGGACAAGUUUGAUGUUAACGAUGCAGACUUGGAUGAAUUGGAGAUUCUAAAGCUAAAUGGCAGAGAGAUCAAGAACCUCAUCAAGAGUAGUCAGUUGCUAGGCUAUAAAAGUGGCGGGAAGGUCGAUGCGGCUAAGUUGAAGAUGCUAGCUCAGAAAAGACUUGCUGCUCUGGAGAAGAUGGAAGAUUAAGUGAGAUAUAUCGCUGUACCAUGGGACAAAAGAUCAUUGGAUUGCAACAAAUGGACUCUCUUCCUUCUUGAUCAUUGAGCGGAUCUGGCAAUACUUCUUGAGUAGUAUGCCGGCUCCGCGGUUUACGGCUAACGAGCCUGGUGAGUUAGGUCUGUGCGCUUCAAGACCAUUUGCUCCCUAAAGAGCCC